CCGCGGGGAGGAAGGACGCUCCUGGACUUGGCCAUCUAGCAGCUCCGGACCUUGUGGAACAAUCUGCAGCCUUCGACCCCGGCUGAGUGCGCGGCGCUUCAAUGCUGAAGAUGGAGCCUCUGAACAGCACGCACCCCAGCACCGCGGCCCCCAGCAGCCACCUGGUGUCCCACGUGCCCGGCAGGGAAAGCGGCAAUGGCAACGAGUACUUCUACGUUCUGGUCGUCAUGUCCUUCUACGGCAUUUUCUUGAUCGGAAUCAUGCUGGGCUAUAUGAAAUCCAAGAGGCGGGAGAAGAAGUCCAGCCUCCUGCUGCUAUACAAAGACGAGGAGAGGCUCUGGGGGGAGGCCAUGAAGCCGCUGCCCAUGGUGUCCGGCCUGAGGUCCGUGCAGGUGCCCAUGAUGCUGAACAUGCUGCAGGAGAGCGUGGCACCUGCCCUGUCCUGCACCCUCUGCUCCAUGGAGGGAGACAGCGUGAGCUCCGAGUCCUCCUCCCCAGAUGUGCACCUCACCAUCCAGGAGGAGGGGGCGGAUGACGAGCUGGGGGAGACUUCAGAGACGCUCCUCAACGAAAGCAGCGAGGGGUCCUCAGAGAACAUCCACCAGAAUUCCUAGCACCCCCAGGGCCUCCGGAGGCGGCCCCAUCUGCCAGCAGCCUUAGAGAGAGGAAGGACACUUUUCGUGUCUGGUUUCACUUUUGCAGCGCAGCUGCCACUUUAAAGAGACCUUUGGCGAGCCCCUGCACGGGGUGGUGGGGGAGUCUGCAGCCAGGAGGGCACGCGGCCAGUGGUGCACACCUGCCACUGAAAAGCCCAAGGAUGUGCGGUGUGCACCUUGACUUUGGGGUCUGGGGCUCGGGGUUCCAGUUCUGAAUUCGGCAGGUCGCCGUGCUUGCUGUUGUUUUCUCGCUGGAUGCCCUGGGUAACUGCCCGCUCCCGGGGCUGCCCGAUGCCUAGGACGUGCUGAGGGGCUAGUUUUGAUUUGCUAAUUUGCCUAGAGCUUCGUUCUAGAUCUGAUGGGCUGUAAGUACCUCUAUGGUGUACCUGUGGCAUUUGUUCACAGCGGGUUACAGAGCUUCUUUUUGGAGGUCUUUUGGGUUGGAGGGGGAUGUCUGAUGGAGGACUUUUGAUGGCAGAAAGCUGGAGAUCCAAACCUGGUUCAUUUGCAUACAGUAAGAAAAAGCCACUUUCAAACUUGUUACCAUUGGCUGGGAUUAUAAAAGAGAAUCUGCUAUUUCCACCCUUUGUCUAACCUGUGACCUUGAGCUCUGACCUCAGACCAUCCAGCAUCGCUUGCUGGCGUGACGUUUUCUCUCAGUUGGAAGAGCUUCCCCAGAAUCGAAUCUGUACUCUGAAUAGCUGUACAGGGGACUUUUCCUGAUCUUUCUAGAAGGGGUGAUGGUGCACUUGAAGGAGGCUAAGCCCUUAGCUCUGCUGCUGCUUUUUCCCCGGCCUGGUUUUUCUGAGCUGGGAGCUGACACAACGUGGGCCUUCACAGUAUGGCAUUCCGUCACGUAGCGCAGACCUGGAAGGGUAGACUCAGGCAGAGGCUGGGGUCUGGGUUCUGUUUUCUGAUCCUGAGCUGAUUUGCUGUGUGGUCCUGGGCAUGUCAUCAAGAGGCUUACUGCCUUCAUGAGACUCCUGAAUCUAGAUCCCCAGGGGGCUGGGAGGAUGUCUUUGGAUUUUAAGACUCUGUGAUAAAUCCUGUAUGGCCUGGUGUGAGGAAGCUUGGAGAAAAUAUUUCCCACUUGGCCAGUUAGUCUGAGAACGGAUCUGCUUAUUUAAAGGAGCAGUUGGAGACUCAGAACACAUGUAACUCGGAAAUUUCGGGCGAAUCACCACCCUGUUCGUGCUGUCAUUUUCCCAGCAGUGAACCAGGGAGGCAGACACUGCAUUUUACUGUGCAAAGUUCCCUGGGUAGUAGAAUGUUAAGACUUCAGCUGAGAAACCAGAAGCCUAACAGAAAAUGUUCAGGAAUGCUUGCUAACGUCUCAGUGUAUUCCUGCGGUCAGUAGCUUUGUGGCAGACUGGUUAGGCCCUUCAAGGCAAGCAGGAAGAGAAACACACCAAAAGGUCAAAUUUAAUUCUAGUAAAAACAAAAAAAAACCAAAAAACCCCCCAAAUUUCUAAAACAUACUCUCCUUUGAUUGAAGAUAGCAGUGUUCCCACGAAAGGGUUAACAGUAGAGGAGCUGGUUUAUCAGUUUGCCCUAACAUAGUGCUAGAGGACAUUCAUGUUUGGGGGGGAAAGGGCCCUCCUUCACUUUAAAAUUCAGAGUGUGGAUUUACUCCAAAGGGGGCUGUUGGGGGUGAAAGAAGCCAAGUUCAGUUUGGCCCCUUGCCUGGAAUCACUUGAAUUCUGAAGCUUUACUGCGACGGACAUGUGCGUUGUCACAUUUUCCAUUGCUUAAUCCUGAGGUUUGGUGCAAGUCUAUCUGCGCCUGUUAAAAAAAAAAAUGAUGUAUAUACUUCCUUCUUAUUCUAUUAAGUUGUAUAAAGUUGUCUUCUGUAUUUAACAGUUUGUAAUUUUCACACUAUUUUUUAAUUUAAAUAAACAAACACGU